UCCCAACUAUAGCUAGCUAUGGCCUUUCUCAUGAUUCUCAUAACAAUCUUGUUCAUCUUCUUUCUAUGGAAGAUUGCCAAAACCCGAAGAAACCCGACAGCAAGUCGGGUAAAUCUACCACCCGGACCAUUUCAGCUACCGUUCAUCGGAAACAUUCACCAUUUACUCGGCUAUGUACCUCAUCUUCGCAUGGCGGACUUAGCCGACAAACACGGACCCAUAAUGCAUCUUCAGCUCGGCGAACUGACCGCCAUUGUUCUUUCUUCUGCUGAAACAACUAAAGAAUUGUUCAAAACUCAUGAUCUCAACGUUUCUCAAAGACCCCGCAUGAUUGGAACAGAUCUUAUAAGUUAUAACAACAAAGAUCUUGGAUUUUCUCCUGAAGGUCCAUAUUGGAGACAAUUGAGAAAACUUUUCAUGGUUCAUGUGUUGAGCGUGAAACGCGUACAGUCUUUCAGAACAAUCAGAGAAGAAGAAGUUUCUAGAAUAAUUUCCGCCAUUUCUUCUAAAGUAGGAUCGAUUAUCUCGUUAAAUAACUUUCUCUAUGCUUUGACCUUUCGUGUCGUUUCGAGAUCAGCGAUCGGUGAGAUAUGGAGAAAAGAAAACGAAUAUGUGAGUUCUAUGGAGCAACUACUGAUAGAGCUGGCGAAAGGUCCUAGUCUCGCUGAUGUGUUUCCUUCUAUCAGAGUAUUUAAGGUGAUCAGUCGUGUAAUGAUGAAGUUUAAUCUUGAGAUGCAUUUUAAACAAGUGGAUAAGAUACUUCAAAACAUUGUGGAUGAACAUAGAGCAAGAACGGAUACAAAGAGUGGUGGAGAAGGCGAAGAUUUUGUUGAUAUUCUUUUGGAUCUUCAAAAUAAAGAGAAGCUUGAAUUCCCUUUAAUGGAUGAGAACAUCAAAGCAAUCAUCUUGGACAUGUUUAUUGGUGGCGCUUCGACAACGUUUGAGGUCAUAGAAUGGACGAUGACAGAACUAAAUCCAAGAGUGAUGGAGAAGGCACAAGCGGAAGUCCGACAAAUCUUUGGUGCAAAUGGAAACGUUGAUGAAGCUGGGAUUAAUCAACUAAGCUAUCUUAAGUUGGUAAUAAAUGAAAGUUUAAGACUACAUCCUCCAGCUCCAUUGCUACCUCCGAGAGAAACUAAAGAGAAAUGUACUAUCAACGGCUAUGAUAUUCCGGCCAAAUCUUACGUUAUGUUGAAUUUAUGGGCAAUUGGAAGAGAUCCCAAAUGCUGGAACGAAGCUGAUAAGUUUUAUCCUGAAAGAUUUGUGGAAGACGAUUCGAUUGAUAAUAAAAAGAGUAGUUUUGAGUAUCUUCCUUUUGGAGCUGGUAGGAGAAUUUGCCCCGGGAAUCUAUUUGCUAUGGCAAUGAUUGAACUUCCGGUGGCUCAAAUGUUGUACCAUUUUGAUUGGAUGCUUCCUGCUGGGAUUACGCCGGAAAAUAUUGACAUGUCUGAAAAUAAUAGUCUUGCAGGAAAAAGAAAAUCUCGUCUUUGCUUGAUUCCUAAUCCUUAUGUUCCUCUCAAUACCGCUGACUAAAAAGAGAAGCACAUUUUUAU